CUGACGAAACGCUGAUUAGAUUGAUCAGAUUUCGUAAAAAUGUAUGCGCCUGUGCGCUCGUUGUGUGAGAUAGUGGUAUAUUAUUCGCAUAUGCAAUGCCAGCCCCGCGAAACAUCUCUUCUACAAGUAGCCUAGCCUACGGUAUCAUUUGAUUGGUAGAAAACAAUUUGCUCCAUAAAAGAACAACGCUGCAUGGAAAAUUUGUUGAUCCAUCAGAAGGAAAGGCCUACAUCACCCCCCCGGAGAAAGGACAAAUCGGGAUAAGGAUGCUUUUUUUCCAGAAAGGACAUCGUCAGGACAGUAAAACGUGAGACAUUGCAAAUUAUUAUUAUUUAGCCUUAUCUAAAUAGAGCAAUAACACUCUUACAAUGUAUCUAAACAAAGCAAAAAUUAUUGGUAUGUAAUGUUAGCGUAUGUAGCCUAGGCUGCCUUUCUUAUGGCAUGCAAUUUAUUAUUAAUGUAUGCAAGUGGCAUAAGAUUUUACUGUAUUUAAACCAUACAGUGUUGACAGAUUCAAAUAACCAUCAUGACGAGUAUGCUAUAUAAACGCAUGUACAAUCUAUGCCCUCUUCUGUGGUGCAUUGCAUAACCGUCUUAAUAUAGUUUAGAAGUAGGCGUUUGGUAUAAAUAGCCUAUAAAGAUAAUAAUAGCUCAGUGUAUUUGAUAUUUGACCUUGUUAAUCGAAUCCUUGGGACGUCCAACUCUGACGUCACCCCAUGGAAGUUGAGACUUUAAACGCUUAAGGUAAGGGUUAAGGUUAGUGUUUAGGGUAGGGACGUUCCAAGGAACCGCCAUAGCACUAACCAUUUGAUAUUAAGACUUCAAUAAACUGAUAAUCAAAUACCAGGCCAGGGUGUAGAUUUGUAAACACUGUGGGAACAAAGAUCUGUAACAAUCCAAAAACGGACCAUAACAGCUAUAUCCUAGGGGGGACAGAUAAAGCAGGAAUAAUCAGCUCAAUAUCGGUAUAAACAUCGAAACCAAUUUUUUGAACAAGUAGACUUGAGCCAAAGAACUGAAGCAGUUUUAGUUUACAUUUAAAUGUAAAAAAGAAAAAUAGUAUAUUGGCUGCAACAAUCCUUUUAAGGGAGGCUUUUAAAUAGGUCUACUUAUUAGAUUAGGACUCUUACCCUGUAUUCUGCUUGUUCUCUAGAAAGUCUCUCCUUGGACUAUUGGCCUUUAUUAGUUUGCACUUUAAUAGAGUGAUGAAGCAUCCACUUAAAGGCACAUUAUAUUUAAUUGAAAUCAUCAAGCUCCAGAGUCUUCCUAAAACAUUAACAUUUUAAACAAAUAUUCAUGGUAAAUACUUGCAUGUAUCCUCAAAGUGAAUGAAAAAGCCUAUUGUGAAUGAAAAGCCUAUCAAAACAGUAGCCUAUGUAACAAGUCAAUUAAUUAAUGCAAUAGUCUGAUGAGAAGAUUUAUUCCAUUAGAAAAUAAGUGUUGGUUGAAGGAAUAAACACACAUCAAAUGUAUUAUUGAAGGACUCCUAUUUUUGUUAUUUCCAAGGUCAUUUCGGAGGAAGCAACUUCAGUCCGUACCAUUUCUUACUUUGCUCAAACAACUUAUUUCUGUUUAACAUCUCAAAGGAAUAUCUUACUCUCAAGUGUUCAAAGAGACUGUUGGGAUAUUUUUUGAUACGUUUUGAGGCUUCUCGGCCCUAGCGUCUGUACUUUUGUUGCUACAUUACACCCGAGGACAUGUCUGCUGUGCGGCUGCUGCUCCUGUCUCUGCUUUGUGCCCUCUUUGGUAUGUGAGUUAACCACAUGUGUAGAUUGAACGUUUGUGGAUAGUCACAACAUCUUUCAAAAUAUGGAUAUUUGUCUGUAUACUGUUGAAUUAUGAAGCUACCCAUUUCUACAAUCAAAAUAAAGCGCUAAUAACAACUCUUCUCUCUCCUGUAAACAAGUGCCCCUGUCUCAUGGGGCGUGUGCAGAGGUGGACUCGGACACUGAGGCCGUUGCAGGCAAAGGGUUCAAACUGGGCUGCAUCUCCUGUAAGAUGAGGCCCGAGGUGGAAGCUUCUGCCACAGUCGACUGGUAUUUCAAAGCCAAAGGGGAAGCUGACUUUGCUCAUGUGAGUAUCUGAGACUGAUUAGGAUUGCUAUAGUAUUCCAAAUUACUGCCACGGUAGUAGAUUGUAGGAUUAGGUUUGGGGUUUUGUUUGUUCUGGUGCCCACACAAAACAUGCUUUCCACUAUAGUCUGCAGUCUGUUUAGAGUAUGCCAGUGCUUUUUAAAAUGGCUAGGGUUAGGUUUACAUAGUCCUUUAGACCAGGGUUUCCCAAACUCAGUCCUGGUGCACGUUAUUUUAUUGUUGCCGUAGCUGAUUCAAAUAACCAACUCAUCAUAAAGCUUUGAUUAUUUGAAUCAGCUGUGUAGUGCUAGGGCAAAAACCAAAAUGUUCACCCAGAGGGGCCCCAGGAACAAGUUUGGGAAACCCUGCUCUAGGCAAACCUAUCUUAAUCCACUUUGCCCAGAGCCCAUCCCUAAGCACACAACCACAAGGCACAACGCACAAAGGUAUGCACACACACACAAUGCCCAACCACAUGAUAUGGCAGAGAGCUGUGUGCAGUUUAGAUGGAAUCAAUCUGGAUGACAUUUUAGCCCUCAGAGAUCAUAAGAGCCACUGGGACAGCAGAUGGGCAGAUAGUGCAUAGCUCACAGCUAUGUAACCUUGAGUAUACUUUCCUACUGGAACCCCUUUCAAAACACAGUUGCAUCCUGUUGAGUCCAUUUUCUUGGAUGUUACCAGCUACGAGUCGCGAUCUAGGAAGUGAAACCGGAGAGAUUUUCAGUGCCAGGUGAAUAAUACAGAUGUCAAUGUGUCAUUAGAUAUAUAAUUACGAUGAGGAGGGCCAGCACAUUGUGGAUGAGCGCUUUGAGGACCGUGUGGAUUGGAGCGGCAGUAAGCAGAGCAAUGACAUACAGGAUGCGUCCAUCUACCUAUUCAAUGUCACCUUUAACGACUCGGGCACCUACCGUUGCUUCUUCCACCGGCUCCUGACGUAUGAUUUCUACGAAUACCAGACCGUUGUCAGCAAGGUUGUGCACCUGACAGUGGUGGCUAAAGGUUCAGUAUUACUAUACAGACUAAUGGCUUUGCAUGCAAUUGGAAUUCCGAUGUCAAUUAUCCCUAUUGUUAGAAAACAUUUAUGACCUGAAAUUCUAUUCAGAAAGUGCUUUGUAAGAGCCUCUGUGGUGCCUUUUGAGUGCUUUGACUCCCGCUCUCUCUCUCUGUCUCUAUAGCCACCAGAGGGACGGCCUCCAUAGUCUCUGAGGUGAUGAUGUACGUGUCCAUCAUCGGGCUACAGGCUUGGCUCUACAUAGAGAUGGUAUACUGCUACAGAAAGAUCUCAGCUGCAGGAGAGGAAGCAUUACGAGAAAGCGCGUAAGUAACACUGUAACCCUACUUCCUCUCCUGCAGCUGUAUCCUUUCAUUUUAGGUCCUCCUCUAUUAAUGUCUCCCUCCAUAUACAGUAAUCUCACUGUCCUCCCUUUCUUGUAUGCUCUGUACCUGUCCAUCCUGUUGAUUUGAGUUCUCUCCUCUCUCUUCCAUAGUGCUGAGUAGUGCAAUUCCUCUGUUCUUCCUUGUUCAAUAUUCUCUUUCGUUCUAUCUUCAUCUUCCUUGCCACUCCCAUUCUCUCUCACUCUUUCCAUCCUUGUGUCUCGCAAUCAUCACAUUUGCCACUCUAGAAAAGCCAAAGAAGGUACAUUUCCUGAAGAAAAUGUGUGUGCUUGCCUCAGCAGUCUUGAAGUGCUUUGUAGUUGUGGGAAACUUAAAAAUAGCUUAAAGGGUCAUGUAGAAUUCAAGCUGAACAGAAGUUGAAGGAGUUAAAUAUAGUGUUGUCAAGAGAACUAAUGUAUUUUGCUGACAUCACAUUUCAUUGAACAUAAAAUGUGAAUGAUAAUACAUUUGGCCUUGGCGUUUAGGCUGUGCUACCCAUGUGGGGAAAGUGCUCAGUAUUUUUAUAAGAUCAAAACCAAACUAAAGGUAGGGAGCAGAGACAAAAGAACCAAACCAUAAGCAGGUGGAGGCUGGGGCAAAAGAGCAGCAGUUGCAAGCGAUGAUGCUUGCUGAAUGGCCAAACUGAAUAAGCGGCCCUUAAACAAAUGAUGUUCAGUCUCUGAUUGGAUGUUAGCUCAGCUGACACUGCUUGCUUUGCAUCGCUACAUUAAAGCAAUAGGUCUGGUUACUUAAGUUGGAUGGAUGAUUGCUUGAUGGAAGGAUAAAGGAAGUUAUGGAUGGAUGAAAAAAGGAUGGAGUAAUGAAUGAAGGUUAGAGGGGUUGUUGGAUGGGUAAAGAAAGGUUAGAGGGGUAAGUGGAUUCAUAAAGAGAGGUUAAAGGGAUUAAUGAAUAGAUUAAGAGAGGUUAAAAGAUUGGAAUAAACAUAGGAAUAGUAGGAGAUAUGCAGUGUAGUUGAAAUUAUUGAAAUGCUUUAAGUGAUGAGUGGCAAGAAUGGUUAUACUGUAGAUGGAUAGAUAGAUGAAUAAAGGGUGAAUGGAUGGAUGAAUAAGCAGAUGAUGAUAUUCUAACCAUAUCUAUCUUUCUCCUUUCUUUCCAGGAAUGCAGAAUAUUUAGCUAUAGCCUCGGAGAGUAAAGAUAACUGUGCAGGUGUGCAAGUGGCAGAAUAACCCAGGUUUGUCAUGAGAUAAAACUUUAUCAGCAAGCCAAAGUAAGCAUAGUGUAGUUGCCUCGUUUGGCUCCCUCACAUGUGCAAGUCAGAAUAACCUAGAAAGAGUGGUGCAGGUCAGUGGUAAGAUUGUAGGGAGAAACCAAAAGGCUCUCAGAGACAUUUACAGUGGGGAGAACAAGUAUUUGAUACACUGCCGAUUUUGCAGGUUUUCCUACUUACAAAGCAUGUAGAGGUCUGUAAUUUUUUAUCAUAGGUACACUUCAACUGUGAGAGACGGAAUCUAAAACAAAAAUCCAGAAAAUCACAUUGUAUGAUUUUUAAGUAAUUAAUUUGCAUUUUAUUGCAUGACAUAAGUAUUUGAUACAUCAGAAAAGCAGAACUUAAUAUUUGGUACAGAAACCUUUGUUUGCAAUUACAGAGAUCAUACGUUUCCUGUAGGUCUUGACCAGGUUUGAACACACUGCAGCAGGGAUUUUGGCCCACUCCUCCAUACAGACCUUCUCCAGAUCCUUCAGGUUUCGGGGCUGUCGCUGGGCAAUACAGACUUUCAGCUCCCUUCAAAUAUGUUCUAUUGGGUUCAGGUCUGGAGACUGGCUAGGCCACUCCAGGACCUUGAGAUGCUUCUUACGGAGCCACUCCUUAGUUGCCCUGGCUGUGUGUUUCAGGUCGUUGUCAUGCUGGAAGACCCAGCCACGACCCAUCUUCAAUGCUCUUACUGAGGUAAGGAGGUUGUUGGCCAAGAUCUCGCGAUACAUGGCCCCAUCCAUCCUCCCCUCAAUACGGUGCAGUCGUCCUGUCCCCUUUGCAGAAAAGCAUCCCCAAAGAAUGAUGUUUCCACCUCCAUGCUUCACGGUUGGGAUGGUGUUCUUGGGGUUGUACUCAUCCUUCUUCUUCCUCCAAACACGGCGAGUGGAGUUUAGACCAAAAAGCUCUAUUUUUGUCUCAUCAGACCACAUGACCUUCUCCCAUUCCUCCUCUGGAUGAUCCAGAUUGUCAUUGGCAAACUUCAGACGGGCCUGGACAUGCGCUGGCUUGAGCAGGGGGACCUUGCGUGCGCUGCAGGAUUUUAAUCCAUGACGGCGUAGUGUGUUACUAAUGGUUUUCUUUGAGACUGUGGUCCCAGCUCUCUUCAGGUCAUUGACCAGGUCCUGCCGUGUAGUUCUGGGCUGAUCCCUCACCUUCCUCAUGAUCAUUGAUGCCCCACGAGGUGAGAUCUUGCAUGGAGCCCCAGACCGAGGGUGAUUGACCGUCAUCUUGAACUUCUUCCAUUUUCUAAUAAUUGCGCCAACAGUUGUUGCCUUCUCACCAAGCUGCUUGCCUAUUGUCCUGUAGCCCAUCCCAGCAUUGUGCAGGUCUACAAUUUUAUCCCUGAUGUCCUUACACAGCUCUCUGGUCUUGGCCAUUGUGGAGAGGUUGGAGUCUGUUUGAUUGAGUGUGUGGACAGGUGUCUUUUCUUUUAUACAGGUAACGAGUUCAAACAGGUGCAGUUAAUACAGGUAAUGAGUGGAGAACAGGAGCUCUAACAUGUCUGUGAGAGCCGUAAUUCUUACUGGUUGGUAGGUGAUCCAAUACUUAUAUCAUGCAAUAAAAUGCAAAUUAAUUACUUAAAAAUCAUACAAUGUGAUUUUCUGGAUUUUUGUUUUAGAUCCCGCCUCUCACAGUUGAAGUGUACCUAUGAUAAAUAUUACAGACCUCUACAUGCUUUGUAAGUAGGAAAACCUGCAAAAUCGGCAGUGUAUCAAAUACUUGUUCUCCCCACUGUAUAAAGAUGGCAAAUGUGUAAGAGGGGUAAAGAAAUAAUUUUGGAUCUAACGCAUCCACUGAACAAUCAAUAUGCAGUACUGCCAUCAGGGCGCAGACUCGGGUGUUUACCUCAUAAAAACAACAGAGCCACUAACAGUUGUGUACCAGCAUCAGUAUGGCUUUUAAAUGAAAAUUGAUUUGUGUGACUUACGUUUAUUUUUGAAGUAAAAUUGUUUUUGUGACUUAGGGACAGUUCGAAAAAAUACAGGGGGGAGGGGUGUUACAAAAUAGGGGAGAGGGGUGUAACCUUUUUUUUUGCUUUGGGGAGGGUUGUGUGGAUUUUAUUGGGCACAGGGGAGGGUAGUGCGUUUUUUUACAUUCGCCGUUUUGCUGGUUUUCCUAUAUAAUUUAUUAAAUUUUAGGCAACUUUUCCCAUCUGCUUUCAUGCGCCUUCCCUAUCAAAGGGUUUUGGUGCUUUCCUUAUUCACUACCCUACGCCACAGUACCCACAUGGGUUGCCGCAGUCGGCUCCGGGCUCAUAUUCGCCACACUCGCACUUUUGAUAUUUUUAAGGCUUUUUAUCAGAGUUAUUGACUUCUCAGUAAGCCAGAUUCGAGUAACUUCCAUGACAGCUUUGUGGUGCUGAAACGUGAAGCGGCAGCUGUGGCGCAAUCAAUCGGGAGGUGGACAGCACAUGGUGCUGAAAUUAGCCUAAUUAAAGUAAUUAAUUUCAACAGUCUUGUAGGCUAUCCAAAGAUUUGUCUGCCAAUUCCUCCAAUAAUGUCACCACUCCUUAAAUACCUCUGUGUCCGUGAAGGGCUUUGUGUGUUAAGUUAAAACCAGUGCUCGAAUUGAGGGGAUAGGGCUUUGUGAGGGUAUGCCAUAGCCUACUUUUUGUCAAAGAAAAUGUCAAAAAGCAUAGUCCUUGUUAGUUUAAGAUUUUUAAGAAACUAAAACGGAUUCUGAUUAUAUAAAGCGAUUUAUAAUGACGCUUUCCUCCACUAUGCUCUAUGCUAGAAGCAAGCUACACAAGAAAGUUCCGUCUCUGAUGCAUAUGGGGAUAUCUUUGGUUCGUCUCUGUGGCAUUCAGAGGCUGAGCCAUGAAGUUCUAUAGCCGAGAAGUUAAAAAAAAAGAAGACUUUCCUUGGGACGUAGGGGAGACUGGGGAACAAAGUAACACAGGUCAGUUAUAACAGCUUAAUAACUCAAAUUAGAAACCACUUAGAAAGCUGUUAUUCAAUGUGCUAAUGUUUGGUUAGUGUCUACAUGCCUAAGAAGUUUUGUUUAAAUCCAUCAAUUAUUUUUUAUUUUAUUGGAAUGAAAACAUGUAAAUAUACUUGCUGCCUCUCUUUUUUAAAUUAUUGACCUGUGGAACAUUCUACAUGUAUCUAAACAUAUAUAAUUUGUAUCAGUAAGAUGGGGUCUUUUGAUUGGUAUAGUUGAUGACAAUAAUUGUUUUAUUUUUGUCAAAAGAUUCAGAUUAGUAUAGGCUCCUAUGUGGGGGGUUAGAUGUAACGCAAAACCUUAUAUUGUAUUUAGACACAUUCACAUCAUGAUAUAAAAUGUCACUUCUUUACAUCAAGUUUAGCAGUACAACUAAGAUAAUACCUUAGAAAAAUACAAUAAAAAGUCAAAUUCAUACUUUUGAAUGCUAAUAUAAAUGUUGGUAAAUUUUGAGUUUUUGGUCAAUAUGACAUGCCUAAAAGAUAAAAUGGAAAUAUUUUUAAUAUUUGUUGUCAAUUUAGUGUAUUACCAUUGAAAUAUCAGUUUCAAAUUAUAAUCUUUUUACCAUUUAAGACAGUGUUACAUUGACAUACUGGGUCAAUUGUAACAUUUCACUCCCGCCACUUUCGGGUUGAAUUGUAAAUGACUGGUAUGAUCUGGAAACAUAGUUACAGUGUGUAAUGGUAGCUGAGAUAUGUAAGUUGUUUGUAUAACAAUAUUAUUAAUCUAACUCAAAUAAUAUUUUCAUAAUAAGCAAAAGCCUAAAAGCGUUACUUGGUUCCCUGAUCUCCUUUAAUCAAAUAGGCCUACAAUGUGUAACUCCAUCACUAUCAAUUGAGCUAUUCACUUUCUGUUAAAGAGAAGAUGUUUAAAGGCCCAACAGUUUUUAUAUGAAUAUAAUUUUGGGUAACAAUUAAGUACCUUACGGUAAUAUAUUUCCAUUAAAAUUGGCAAAAAUUGCUUUUUAGCAAAAAAUACUAUUUCUAAAGCAAGGAUUUUGCUAGGACUGUCUAAGAGUGGUCUGCGUGGGGAGGGUAAAACUGAAAACUAGCUGUUAUUGGCAGAAAGGUUUGGAACUCUCUUUGUUAUUGUUCUAUUAACCAAUUUACCGCAUGGUGAUGUCACCAUGGAAAGCCGAAACUCCUGCCCAUGCAAACCUGCUGAUUAGAAGGUCCUGUGUAGAUUGUUUUUUCAACCAGCAACUAUCAGGAAAUAACACUGAUCACAUUUUUUCAGACUUUUACAGUGUUUGUUUCAUCAACUGUUGUACAAUAUGAUACAAAACACAGGAAAACAUAAUUUUGACUGCACUGGGUCUUUAAACCCAGGCAGCUUUUAGGGACUCACUUGUGAUGUUCUCUUUUUGGGUUAAGCCACGGAAGAGUAUCCAGCAGUUAAAGCUUAAAUUGUUCUGUGUCGGACCUCUGUCUGGGGUGGAAAGGUAACUUUUGAAAGUAGGCUACAAUGCUUAGAAUCACACUGGUUUGGCAUGGGGAAAUGUGGUAAGAUGAACGCAUAUCUCUUCCCUGCAACGUCUAUUUUCAAAAUCUGCCUUUCUUUUGGGACUUUUUGAGAGCAACAUUUUCUCUUGCAAGCAAGCUGAUUGUUUUGAGCUAAUAAAUAGUAGCGUACCAAGAAAGACAACUCAUUUGUUAGAGACAUUGGUGAUUUUAUCUAAAUUAUUAUGUUAUUGUCAUUGAAUUGAUUAUGUGCUAACCAGAUGUGUAAAAAAUAGUGUAGGUCUAUAAAUUGGGCUGCUAUUAUUUUAUGUUCUGGUCCGCCGACUAAUAUCUCAGAAAAACUGUGGUAUUAAAAGAAUACAUUCUGCUAAUGUCUUCAGUAAUGUAAAAUGACUAGAAUAGCAUGAAAUCUGUUUAUAAAAGUCAUUUUUUUUUCCAGGACCCUUCUUUUCACCCGCUGGUCGUAGUAGUAAGGUAGGCCUACUUUGUAACUGUUACUGUUGUCAUAAUCAUUCUUUUGAGUUAAUUCUAAUAAGGUGGAGGGUAUUGUAAUUUUUUUCAAGUACAAGGGGAGGGUCAUGUGAAAAAAAAUGGAACGUUGGGGAGGGGGGGUGGGGGUGCAUUUUUUUUAGGACAUCUCGAAUUGGAUAAUUUUAGAACGGUCCCUUACAUUUAUAUUUUAUAUACCGUGUAAGCGUUUGUAUCUGUCAUGUGUGAAUGUCGAUGUUAAUAUGUUUACAAUAUACACUACAUGACCAAAAGUAUGUGGACACCUGCUCGUCAAAUCUCAUUCCAAAAUCAUGGGCAUUAAUAUAGAGUUGUUCCCUCUUUGCUACUAUAACAGCCUCCACUCUUCUGGGAAGGCUUUCCACUAGAUGUUGCAACAUCACUGCGGGGACUUGCUUCCAUUCAGCCACAAGCGCAUUAGUGGGCGAUUAGGCCUGGCUUGCAGUCGGUGUUCCAAUUCAUCCCAAAGGUGUUCGAUGGGGUUGAGGUCAGGGCUCUCUGCAGGCCAGUCAAGUUCUUCCACACCGAUCUCGACAAACCAUUUCUGUAUGGACCUCGUUUUGUGCACGGGGGCAUUGUCAUGCUGAAACAGGAAAAGGCCUUCCCCGAACUUUUGCCACGAAGUUGGAAACAAAUAAUCGUCUAGAAUGUCAUUGUAUGAUGUAGCGUUAAAAUGUCCCUUCACUGGAACUAAAGGGCCUAGCCCCAACCGUGAAAAACAGCCCCAGACCAUUAUUCCUCCUCCACCAAACGUUACAGUUGGUACUAUGCAUUCGGACAAGUAGCGUUCUCCUGGCAUCCGCCAAACCCAGAUUCGUCUGUCGGACUGCCAGAUGGUGAAGCGUGAUUCAUCACUCCAGAGAACGCAUUUCCACUGCUCCAGAGUCCAAUGGUGGUGAGCUUUACAUCACUCCAGCCGACGCUUGGCAUUGCGCAUAGUGAUCUUAGGCUUGUGUGCGGCUGCUUGGCCGAGGUCAGACGAUUUGUACACGCUUCAGCACUCGGUGGUCCCGUUCUGUGAGCUUGUGUGGCCUACCACUUCACGGCUGGGCCAUUGUUGCUGCUAGACGGUUCCUCACAAUAACAUCACUUACAGUUGACCGGGGCAGCUCUAGCAGGGCAGACAUUUGAUGAACUGACUUGUUGUAAAGGUAGCAUCCUAUGACUGUGUCAAGUUGAAAGUCACUGAGCUCUUCAGUAAGGCCAUUCUACUGCCAAUGUUUGUCUAUGGAGAGUGCAUGGUUGUGUGCUCGAUUUGAUACACGUCAGCAAUGGAUGUGUCUGAAAUAGCCGAAUCCAGUAAUUUGAAGGGGUGUCCACAUACUUUUGUAUAUAUAUUGUAUCUGUGUCUAUCUUAUCUUAUCCGACUUGCCAUAACUGAAGUUCCUUCUGGAAAAAUGUUACUCUAUUCUAUUCUAUACACACAAUUCAAGCAGAUUCAAGCAUCAAGCAAGUGGAGAGGCAAUUAUUGUAGGAUCGAGGCUUGUCAUGGAUAUUUGCACAUUUACAUCUAACAGAGUUCAACUCUCCUUGACCUCUCUCUUGUCACAGGAUGUGCCAUGUGUAAUGUAUUGAUGUUUAAUUCUGCUUUCAGGCAUUCAAGCGGUUCCAUCUACAGACUGGCCUCAUCACCUAUACGACCCCUUGUUUCGCAUGAAGACACCCGGAAGAUGUAUUGUAUCUAGAGUCUUUAUUACCUUACAUGUUACAAUGUUAAUGGAUAAAUGUGAUAUGGUGACAUUACUUUUAGAGUAGUAUGUGUAUGAAUCCUUUUUUUCAGUUUUAAUGAUAUCUCUCUCUAAAGUGUAUGUACAUUUAUAUUAAUUGAAUGGUUAUCAAGAGAGCUUUAUCAACAUGGAAUUAGAAUACUAGAAUGGACAUGAACGUUCUUAUGACGGUAUAAAAGGUCAGCCAUUUUGGUAAAGGAGUUGGUCAACCACAAUGGUCAGCAAGUGCUGUGAUAAGAUAUUGUUUAAAACAAUGAAUUUGAAAAUUAUAUGCACAGUAAUGUUUAUUAGCUAGCUAUCCUGCCAGUUUUAGUAGAAUGAUUCCAUCAUUUUUUUCUAAAUAACUGCCAAUAUGCCGACAUUCCAAACAAACAAUGCAGUCAAUCCACAGUCUGAAAUCAGUUGGUGAUAUGACUUAGACAAAUGUGUAACUGAUAUUGUAUUAUAUUAUAAGAUUCACAGCUUUCCAAGAAAACAAAC